AUGCCAUCGUUCCAGCGGCUCAAACACCCCUUUCGACGCCCUACUCAUUACUACACGAUCCAUGAACCAUCUCCUACACCAAGACAAUUAGAAGAACGACGUGAGAAGGAGAGGCGAAGGGCACGCGACAAGAUUGAGAACGACCUUGAUGACGGGCGUGUGGGGCCUAGGAGUAGUGAUUCGCCUGAUGAGCUUCCAGUGAUUAUCGACAGAGGUCCAUACAGGGGUCACAUUUACCCACGGGAGCAGCUUUUCUUCAACAGCAUCAUGCUGGCCUCUGAUGUAGAGCCGAUUUGCGCUGGCCCACUGGGAGGAGAGCUUAGACAGGAGGUGCACAGAGCCCCAAUAAGGCGUCCAAAGACGCAGCGUGAGCAGAAGCCACGUUCAAGGCCUGUGCCAAGUGAAUACUUAACCGCGUCACAGAACGCAGAAAAUCUAAGACAGUGGGAAGAGCGGAAUAAGGUUCAUGAGAUAGAGCAAAGAGAGUAUCCGAGACCCGUGCCGAGUGAGUAUUUGACGGCCAAACAAAACGCUGAGAACUUGCGGCGGUGGAAAGAACGCAGCAGGAGUCUUGCAGCUCCACGGGCACAAGUUCUAAUGCGGACUCCGUCUUCCCCAAGACCCCCAUCUCCACCAAGGGGACCGAUCACCCCUGGCACUAGGGAAUGGGAUGGCUUCAUGGACUUCCCUUUGGAUAAUUCCGUAUACGCUGAUGGCAGCAAAGAGGCCACUGUGGAUGUACCUGACUCAGCAUGCAUCCUACCGACGAUAUUCACACCUGAUGCCCCACCGCACCUGACGGAUGCCCCUGAGACUGAUAUUGAUUCGGUACCGCAGGCUGAUUUCUCUUCCACACCAACUCAAUCAGAUUGUUCACAGAAAAAGGCUGAAGGAAAUGCCUCGAGAAGACUAGAAAUCCGAUUGUCAACCGGAAGCGAGCAGCCUGAACGGCUAACAUGGAACUCAGCGCUCAACAGUAUCAUACGCAAUGAAGCCGUCGAUCCAGUCAUGAGAGCAAGAGUCAGAGAAAGAAUUGAACGUAGUCUCACCUCUGCUGAUCAAAAGCUUUUUGACAAGAACUCUUACCCUGUUACUAUGAAGGACGCUGGUCUUGUUCCAAAUUUCAGCCACCCAAGUGCUGGGAGUGAGUUUCAUGACCGUCUUCAGUCUGGACAGGCGGACCGGUCGUUGUCACUGGAAAAGUUUAGACAACUCGAGGAACAACAGGAGGAACAGUCACUGCCUAAUGGCGUGAAUGCUGGAUAUCACAAUCGUUCGAAUUCAAGUAGCGCUCUCUAUUGUUCUCCCCCGCACUCCGACUGGCCACUACGCGGAGGUAAUGAAGAGAGUCCACCUCAGCUAACUAAUGGUGUACCACCAGGUUACUAUUCUUCGUCAUCGGGCUCUAGUGACGACUCCAAUCAUGAUCCCUAUCAUCGCCCACCGUCACCCCCUGAUCGUGUGCCAGAGCAUGUCUUCGCCUUUCUCUGUUCUCUACUGACACCGUCCGAACUCGCCCUCCACUACGAUGUCAUCUACGAUUCGGCUCCUCCAUAUCCUCCACCAUUUCCCAAUCUUGUACCACGCAGCAAUGCCAUGUCGGCGAUCCCAUUAGACGUGCGUCUUGUCCAAAAGCUACACACUGCGGUUUACGGUCUCCAAGAUCGCAUCGUUGGCGUAGAAGAAGACCUCAUUCCAGAACUUAGCACAAAUCUGGAGAACAAGCACCUCCAGAGGAGACGCAAAGCAUGUCGUGGUCGGCUUGCUCACAUGUUCUCACGUGGCUCAGAUGCUACUAUUCGAGAGGAUGAGUUGCUGCACUCUCAUAAGCCAGGAGAUUAUGUGGCCCAGACUCAGCUGUUUGGAAGAGCAGCACAGGGCCCUCUUAAGAAGAAGGAACUUGACGCUGUUCUGCUAAUGGCGAAACAAAAUGUCAGCAUACUUAUCGAGGAUUUGGGGGAAGCAAAGGGGUUGGUGGAGGCGUUUGAAGAGAGAAACGAAGUAAACGAAGAGGUGCUGCCUGCGGAAAGCUGCUGGAAGCUAGGAUCGCAAAUGCGAUACCAGUCCUUGGGUGCAGUAUUGGGUGACCGUAAUGUACGGACUUCGGACGAUUGGACACAUAUGAUUGAGGCAUUCGAGAACGACCACGAGAGCAUUGUUGAUAUCCUUAUCGAUUGGGAUGCCGAUGUAUCUACCCUCACAGAAGAUGGCAGGACAGCGCUUUCGAUUGCUGAAGCUCUCGGUCAACUGACAAUCGUAGGAAAGUUCAAGUGUGCUAUCAGUGGAUUACAAGAGACUAUGCCUAACGCCUUAGUUGAGAACUGUAGAGAAUAG